AUGAAAAAAACAUUUACUUUUGCUGAUUUAAGUACAUCCAUUUAAUCAGGAAUAAGUAAUCGUUAAAUCUAACAAACAACUUCUUCCACUUAAAUACGAUCUGCUAGUCUUCGAAAAGCUAUUUCCAGACUUAAAUAGGAAAAUAGAGUUUCUAUUAUGGGAAUCAGUUCAAUAACUAAUACAAAUGUAUUAAAUUGAUUCUCUGUUUUAGGUUCCUAAAAACUAAUCAUACUUUCAAAUCAAAUAAGAAUAAAAGCAUAAUAGAAUAUCUAAUCCCUCUUAAGAGCCCCAUACAAAUAUAAAUUAAUUUGAUCAUAAAAAAGAAACAAUAAGAAAAAUCAAUUAACUAUAAUAAUAUUGUAAAAGUUAAACAGCACUUGAAAUUGCUGCUUAGAAAUAUUCACUUAAAAAGUCAUUUAAAGGAUCUUCUGAUUUAUCAACUGUUCCUACUUUAAUCGAUAAAUUAAAUAGAGAUCUUAUAAAUAAGAAAUCUAGUGUAAUUAAAGAUGUUAUGAAGGAAGAACUAAAAAAAAGAAUUCCUAAAAAAUAGAAGGAAAUUAAUUAUGAACUGGAUUCAAUGUUCAAAAAUUAUUAAUCAUUCUCUUAAUUAUGUCUAAAUGAAAAUAGUACAAUUCAAAAAGAGAAAAUCUAUAAUGGAUAUUUGAAAGUAUAUAAUUCUGGAAAGAAUGAUAGAAUAUUCUUAGAUAAGAUUGAGGAAAGGAAGAAAAGUCUAAGUGAUGAAUCUGAAGAGUAUAGAGCAUUUCUUGGAGAAAUUGAUGAAGCAACUAUUCAAAGAGAUGUAUAUAAUAAUAAUAUUCGUAAUCCUUUUUUGGAUGAUAAAGUAACUGUUAUGUAAAUGAAAAAGGAUGGAUAUCUGAAAAGAAGAAUCACAUAAUCUUGA